AUGGCGCACUCUCCCCCCAAUGCCUCCACGACUGUAGUGGUCGUGGGCGCUGGUCCAUCCGGACUGAUGCUGGCGUGCAAUUUGGUCCGCCACGGAAUUCCCGUCGUGAUCCUCGAUGACCGACCGGACAAGACAUCAACCGGCAAGGCGGAUGGCAUGCAGCCCAAGACCAUCGAGACCUUCAGACAGCUCCGGCUCGCAGAUUCUCUCCUCCGGAAUGGUGUUAGAGUGUAUGAUAUCUCGUUCUGGGAAUCCACUGAGAACACGCCGCUGCACCGAAAGGGUCGUCAGAUACACUACCCAGAUCAUCUGGUGGGAGCGGCAGAUCCAUACAUUCUUCUGGCGCAUCAAGGAAUGAUAGAAGGAGUGCUCAUUGAGGAUAUUGAAGCACGCGGAGUGCCGGUUACUCGCAACAGUCGCUUUAUAGCUUGUUCGCGUAGCCCAGACCGGAAACAGUUGAUCGUUACUUACGAAGAUCUAUCUACAGAAACGAAAAGGACGAUUCGCGCGGAAUAUCUGGUCGGAUGUGACGGCGCUCGUUCCAAAGUACGGGAUUUCAUUCCUGACGCGAAGCUUGAAGGACAAAUGACGAACGCUUCCUGGGGGGUGUUGGAUGGGGUCAUUGAUACCAAUUUUCCGGACCUCUGGAGCAAAGUGGCUGUUCGAUCACAUUCAGUAGGGUCUAUUCUGUGGAUUCCUCGCGAGCGCAAUAUGACGCGGUUGUACGUUGAAUUGAGCUCCACGGAAGGAGAACGAGUGGACAAGGCCAAAGCAACACCGGAAUAUGUCAUGGCACUGGCCAGGAAGGCCAUGGCGCCGUUCAGGCUGGAGUGGAAGUCAAUCGAAUGGUUCGGGAAUUACGUGGUUGGGCAACGAGUUGCCAGUCACUUCAACGACAAGGAGAUGCAAAUCUUCAUUGCUGGUGAUGCUGGACACUGCCACUCUGCGCUGGCCGCCCAAGGAGCCAAUACCAGUAUGCACGACAGCUUCAAUCUCGCUUGGAAGCUCAAUCUGGUUUGUCGAGGACUGGCCAAGAGGUCCCUGCUAGCCACAUAUGAAGAUGAGCGCCGUAAGAUCGCUAUGGAUUUGAUUCGGUUCGAUGCAGAGCACUGCAGCGCCUUUGAGCAAGGCGAGGCCGCGCUGGCCACGAAUUUCGAUGACAAUAUCCGCUUCAUAUCGGGGAUUGGCGCAGAGUAUUCAAAGGGCCUGUUGACAAAGAUUCAAUCUGAUCCAGUCACUGGGGGAGCGCUCCGCCCUGGGGCGCUGCUGGUACCGGCAAGAGUGACUCGAUAUAUCGAUGCGAAUCCGGUCGAUAUCCAGCUGGAUAUUCCGAUAUUGGGGCAAUUCCGAAUAUACCUAUUAGUUCCAGACGUACUGUUCAUGCAGAACUUCCUUGAUACAUUUUGUGCCAGACUGAAGAAACCCAAGUCAGUAUUGGGUCGGGUUUCUGCUCGAGCACAGCAGUCGUAUAACGAGAAACCGCGAGGGAAGGCAGCGUCUGAUGAAUAUGUUCAGCCACAAAGAUAUACAACUGUUUCCCACCUCUUCACACUGUCUCUUGUAACCAAGUCAUCGAGAUCGGAGUUUGAGAUCAGUGAUUUGCCGGAUGUCCUGCAACAAAGCCGAUGGACGUUAUAUCUGGACAAUGCGGAUGAGAAGCCCUGUACGGACAAAUGGCUGGGAAAGUUAGAUAGUGAUCAAGCCGCCGUCAUCAAUGUCCGACCGGACGGCUACGUGGGAUCUCUGAGUUUAUGGAGGGAAAAGGAAGGAGACAAAGCUGCCGACUGGGUAGAGGAGUAUUAUGGCUCAUUCCUGAUAUAG